CUCGCCACUUCCGGUUUGCGGGAGCCUGCGGCCUGGGUGAGAAGGAGGUGGGGGACACCGAGAGAGAGACAGAGAGAGAGGGAGCGGGUCCCCGCCCUCCCCCCCCUGAUGGCGGGCCCCCGGGACUACGACCAUCUCUUCAAGCUCCUCAUCAUCGGAGACAGCGGAGUGGGGAAAAGCAGUCUUCUCCUGCGAUUUGCUGACAACACAUUCUCAGGGAGCUACAUCACGACCAUUGGCGUUGAUUUUAAAAUACGAACUGUGGACGUUAACGGGGAAAAGGUCAAGCUGCAGAUCUGGGACACUGCGGGUCAGGAGCGAUUCCGUACCAUCACAUCCACUUACUACCGGAACACUCACGGAGUGAUUAUCGUCUACGAUGUGACCAAUCCUGAGUCGUUCAUCAACGUCAAGAGGUGGUUGUUUGAGAUCAGUCAGAACUGUGACACUGUCACCAAGAUCCUGGUCGGGAAUAAGAGCGAGGAUCCCUCCCGGAGGAAGGUGGAGUUUGCCGACGCCAAGCGCUUCAGUGAGCAGAUGGGCAUCUGUCUCUUUGAGACCAGUGCGAAGGAGAACACCAACGUGGAGGAGAUGUUCAACGCUGUCACCUACUUGGUGCUGAAGUGCAAAAAAGACAAUCUAGCUCGCCUGAACCAACAGCAGAACGAGGUGGUGAGGAUUAACAAACCAAAGAAGAAGCCUGCAGUCAAGAAAUGCUGCUGACCAAGGAAGGGGGGGGGGGGGGUGGGUGGGAAUGCG